AUGCAGAGCUUGAUGAAGACUUUACUGCUGGCAGUUGCCGUCAGCGCUCUACCUCAGCCAAUCCCUCAGGAUGCUUCACCAGCAGCGCCGGCUGUAGUCACCCCAGAGGAAGCAGCAGCACAAGCCAGAGCGGCAUUCAUGCCAGACGGGUUCACAGCCCAGGCUAACCAGAUCAUCCCCGUCGUGGUUGGUGGAGCGCAGGACUUGUUCGUACCGAACGUUGUGACUGCGGCUGUAGGAGAUGUGGUUCAGUUCCAGUUCAGCAAUGGUAAUCAUACUGUCACGCAGUCCGCACAAGAUGCGGCGUGUCAACCUCUCCAAGCUUCCGUCGCAACCGCUGUUCACUCAGGACAUAUACCGUUCCAAGACGGCCAAACCACUGUCGGUACUUUUAACAUGCCGGUUCUGAACACAGAUCCAAUGUUUCUUUACUGUGCCACCGGGCCUCACUGCCAAAACGGCCAAGUAGUCAUCGUCAACCCAGCCAACUCGCAACAAAUCGUUGACUACGCAAAGUUGUCCGCAGCUUCAGCACAGAGCGGUGAUGGGACUACUGUAGUGGGAGGUACAGUGGCCCAAAUCCCUCUGCAGCUUGCUGCAUUCGUCCCUGCUGCACCGCAAGCAGGACCGCCUCCAGGUGCGGCAGCCCCGGCAGCUCCGGCUGCUCCAGCUGCGCCGGCGGCCCCGGCUGACCCAGCGGCGUCAAGCGUGGCAGCACCAGCUAAUGCAAUUACGAUCACACUCCCACCUGUGGCGGCACCGGCUGCAACGGAUGCGGCGGCGAUACCGGGGACCACAACCGUUAUUGUCACUGUGCCGGCUGCAAGAUAG